AUGCAACAAAAUGAUCGAGCCUCAUCCUCAUCAUCAAACAACCAUAGAAAAAGUCUGAACAAUUCCGAUGACCAUGGUCAUCCUACCGAUCGGUAUCAUCAAGGACAAGACUCAAAUAAGAAAAUCAAUAUGAAAUCAUAUUCAAAUAUUCUCUCAAAUUCCAAUGAAGAUGAGGAAUUAUUAAAACGAGUAUUUAAAGUCAUUGAAGAAAGUAAACAACAACAAGUUCAAUCACGAGAGGCUUUGAAUAAAAUCAUGUCGGAGAAUGAGCAUGCAUUGGCAAUACAAGUAGAAAAUUUAACAGAUAUUCAAAAUCAAGUGCAGGUGAUUGAGAAGCGAGCAGUACAGCUGGGAAGAACCAUUUCAAAUACCUUUAAAUUAGCGGAAGGAGUGAGCCAUAAAGUUCGACAAUUACAUGCCAUUCAAGAACGAGUACAACUUGCCAUUGAUGCAGUAGAGGCCAGUAUCGGAAUGAAGAGUUGUGUGGAAGGAGUUGAACAAGCUAUUAAAGUUGGAGAAUAUGAGAAGGCAGUGGAUUUUGUGAGCCGAGUUUUGCACAUUAACAACGAUUCACAUCGAAGUAAACUGGUCCAUCAAUUAAGCCAAUCGCAACAUGGAGAUCAACAAGAAAGCGAGGACGAACAGGAGCGACGAAAUACUCUCUUUAAAUCUUCGGAAAAGAAAAUCAAAGAAAUUGUAGUAUUGAAGCUGAAAGAGGCUUUUAAUGAUGAAAAUGAAUCACAAAUUAAGAGAUUUUCAAAACUGUUUGCUCCUCUUUGUAUAGAAGAAGAAGGUCUCGAGUUGUAUACAGAGUAUUUGACAGACAAGGCAAGACAAGAGCUUGAUUCAGUGGUGCACGAUGGGUUACAAAACAUAUCCGAGCUUCCCAUAGAAAUUAACACGAUAGAAGAUGACAUGGAACGAUACAUGACAAUUAGAAAACAACAACAGCAAGGAUUAACAAGCUUUAUCGACAUUAUUACUCAAACAUUAGACGUCAUAGUAUCAUACAUUGAAGAGUAUGAGGAGUUUGUGUCACUUAAUUUUGGUGGAGAAAAAUGUACAAUUUACCUCAUCAAUGCUCUUCAAAAAGUUUGUGACAAAAUGAUCAAAAAGAUUCUCGAUCAUUACGAGACAAAACGAGAAUUAUCAGAGGUUCUCAAAUUACUCUCCAAAAAGAACAUGCCAACAAAAAAGAUAGAAAGAGAACGAGCUACCUCUCCUGUACCUCGCUCUGAUAGCCCAAUCACAAGCAACAAGAAAAUUGCUCCAGAUGAUCCAAGAGUUUUGGAUCUCAUCCUUGAAGAAAUGGCUGAUAUAUGCUCCAAUAUUGAAGUGUAUAGACAAUUUAUUCUCUCCAAGUCGUAUGCUAUCAAAGUUGAUAGUGCACACAUCAACAAUCCAAAGUAUAUUCUUACCAAGGAUCCUAUGACAUACAGAAAGAUUCAAGAAGUAAUGAAUUAUUACAUUCCCAUUGAUGAAGCUUUCAUGAAACAGAGCUUUGUAAAGGCGCUUCAACUCGAUGACACAAACGACAAUCAAAUUGUAUCAAAAUCCAACGAAGACUUUUUUGAAAGUGAUGAAGAGGAGCUCUCAAGCGAUGAGGAGGAUGACGAAACAACCAAAUAUUCCUCUGUAAUUAACGAUGUAUUUUUCAUUUUGAGAAAGAGCUUAAACAGGGCUAUAGAUUCUCAAAAUAUUUCUGUUAUAUGCGCAAUAUGUAAUCAUAUCAAUACCAUUCUUUGCGGUGAAUAUUUUGAAUUUACCAAAAAAGAUUUACAUUUCAUUUCGCUGGAACACACCAACGAUAAGGAUCGUUUUGUAAAGAUUUUGAAAUCUCUUAAUAAUAUUCAAAUAUCAAGUGAAUAUAUUUUAAAGUUAAAGAAAGAAUUCGAUAGGAAUUAUGAGGAUCGACUGUUCAAGGAGCGUCGCGUCAAUCUACCUCAGGAAAUGUUUACAGCUGAUAGAAUGAAACUCAAGAGCUGUUCCUCAGAUCUUGUGCAGAGCUCAAUUUUCUUCUCUGAACAAUUAAGAAAGUAUACUAGAAAAGUGGUCAGCUCUCAAGAAUAUGCGUUAGGUAUUGAGAGAGACAUUGACUUUUUGCUGAACAGAGAGUUGAGUCAAAACCCACAGUUUUAUAUUUUAACGGAGAAUCAAUUUGCUUCUAAGGAACUCAACAACUCAUUAACUCAGAAAUUUAUUGGUGAUAUGGAUCGAGUACUGAAUCUGUACAAGAAAUAUUUGACCAAGUUUAAUUUUGAAGAACUUGUGGAGUUAGCCAUUGACAUUCUUUGCCAUCGAAUGGAGCACUUGAUUUUGACGAGACGAUUCAAUUAUUUCGGAGGCGUGCAAGUUGACAAAGAUUUACGAGAAUUUAUGGAAUAUUUUGCAACAAAGACAGAACGACCAGUAAGAAGCAAAUUUUCCAGGUUGACACAUAUUACAUAUUUAUUGAAAAUGACAGAAGUUGAUGACCUUUUGGAAAUCUGGGAAUCGGCACAACAUUGGGGCUUUUCAGUGAGCGAAAUUAAGAAUAUUCUAGGGUUGCGAGUUGACUUUAGCAUGGAUCAAAUCAAUAACUUGUCAAUCUAA